AGCUGUGUGCUGUCGCCCAGCGUUUCUCUGGAGGGAAGCUGGGGUGGCUUUGACAACUUGGGAGACCAUUAAACUCUAAAAUAACUGGACUGAGGCACCUCACAGUUGGCUGUCAGUUUGCGACCGUAGCGGAUGGCAAGUGAGGCUGUUUUACUGUAAAGUUGCUGGACAUACUACGGCAAUCGUUCUCUGAUCCUUAAAACAUCAGAAACAUGAUACAAACGGUGGAAGAAUAUGAGGAGUAUGAGGAGUAUGAGGAAGAGGUGGAGGAGUAUGUUGACCAGACAACAACGACGACUGUCUCUGAGCACAAGACUCAGUACUUGCAGUCUGGCUUGCCCACCAGGACAGUCAAGAAGAAGGUUAAGGUGGAUACUUCUAAGUUCAUGACUCCAUACCUGGCUCAUAGCCAGAAGAUGAUGGAGCAGUACAGCCACAAUAAGUACCGUCAUGCCUAUGACAUUUCCAGAGGGGCGCCCCCUGCCUUCAUCACUGAUACACCUGAAAUGAUCCGCAUCAGGAAGGCUCAGGAGCAGCUUAGCGAGGUUAAAUACCGAAUGGAGGGAAAUAAAGUCCGGACAACAAGCUUGUAUGAUGGUAAGGCCAUGGAGGUCGCCCAUGUCAAGAAAGUGUCUGACUUGAUUAGUAAGGUGUUGUACAGACAGAAGUGGGAUGAAACUAAAGACAGGUACCUGCUACCUCCUGAUGCUCCUGAGCUGGUUCUUGCAGUGAAGAAUGCUGCUAACUACAGCAAAAGACUCUACACAGAGAACUGGGAUGAAGAGAAAACUAUGUUCUACCCUUACAGUGACAGCCCUGAGCUGCGCAGGGUGGCCAAGGCUCAGGAAGCCCUCAGUGAUGUUCACUACAAAAAGGGCCAUCAUGAGCGAAAGGCAAAGUACACGUCCCUGCCUGAUCCUCCUGAGGUGGAGCUGGCCAAGAGAGCAUCUGAUCAGCACAGUGAUCUUAAGUAUAAAAAAGAUUAUAAUGAAAAUGUUAAAGGUCAGUGGUGUGAGACGCCCUAUUUUGAUGUGGCCAUUGCGAGAGUGGCGAUGGAAAACCUCAGCAAUAGAAAAUACACUCAAGAUUAUGAGGACAAAAAAGACAAAGUUUAUUUCAUGCAAACAGACACACCUGUUUAUGACACAAACAAGAAGGCUCGUGUUGCUGCUAGUGAGGUCCAAUACAAGAAAGAAUAUGAGAAGACAAAAGCACAGUCUGACUACAACACCCUCCCCGCCACAGAGAACCCUCUGCUCAGGCAGCUCAGAUACGCUGGCACAAUCCUCAGUGACAAAGUGUAUAAGGACAACUAUGAGAAAUCCAGAGGCUCCAGCAUCAACUACUGUGACACAGCAAAGUUUCAGAUGGACUCCGUACUUAAACGCUUCACAGAUAUAAACUACAAAAACAAGUAUAACAAUGAGGUGAAGGGUCACUACAUUGGCAGCUAUGAGGAUCUUUACAUGCUUCACUGCCAGAAAGUUGAAGAAAUGAAAAAUGAGAAAACAUAUAAAUCUGAUUAUGAAGACAUAAAAACAAGGUGCUUCUUUCCGCAAACAAUUACAGCUGAAUAUGAAGCAAUUAAGAAGCUGGAUUCUUGUAAGGAGAAAGUUUACCGACAGCAUCCAGAUAAAGUGAAAUUUACACAAGUGAUGGAUUCACCAGUUCAAGUUCAAGCUGCCAUCAACGCCAAACAGCUAAGUGACCUGAACUACAAAGCAGAGCAUGAGAAAACAAAGGUCAAGUAUAGUCUGCCCCCAGACUACCCAUUCUUCAUCCAGUCCAGAGUCAAUGCCUAUAACCUCAGUGAUAAUUGUUAUAGGUAUGACUGGGAGAGAUCAAAAGCAAAAAAGUUUGAGGUCAGAGGUGAUGCCAUCCCCAUCCUUGCUGCCCGUGCUCACACAAACAUUGCCAGUGACGUUAAAUACAAGAAAGAGUAUGAAAACAACAAGGGACAGAUGGUUGGAGCACUCAGCAUUAAAGAUGACCCCAAGAUUAUGCACUCGGUUCACGUGGCCAAAAUCCAGAGUGAUCGUGAAUAUAAAAAAGACUAUGAAAAGAUUAAGACCAAGUAUCAUACACCACUGGACAUGAUGUCCGUGACCCUGGCAAAGAAAUCUCAGGCAAUCUCAAGCAUGGUUGGGUACAGGAGUAUAAACCCCAGCUACUUCCUUCCACCUGACAGCGUACUGCUGGACCUGGCCAAGAAAGCCAACAUCAUCCAGAGUGAUAAUGAGUACAAAUCUGACUACAACACCUAUACUAAGGGGACCCCUUGGAUCACCUUUGGAUCCAUGGAAGUUGAAAAAGCAAAGAAAGCUGCUGAAAUUCUUAAUGAGAAAAAAUACAGACAGCACCCAGACACAGUUCCAUUCACAUCGAUCGAUGACCACCCCAUCACGCUACAGGCCAAAGUCAACCAGCUUCAGAGGAGUGAUAUAUUCUACAAGCGAGGUCUAGAAGAAAUCCAUCAGAAGUACUCUCUUCCUCCUGAUAUUCCAGAGCUCCUCCAGGCCAAAUGCAAUGCCUACAACAUCAGUAAUAAUUACUAUAAGCUUGCCUGGCAGGAAUUAAUCGCUAAAGGUUAUGACCUGAAGCCUGAUGCUAUACCUGUUGUUGCUGCCAAAGCUGCCAGACACGCUGUCAGUAAUGUUCAGUAUAAAAAGGCGUAUGAAAAGGAAAAGGGCCACCAUGUUGGCUUCCGCAGCCUCCAGGAUGACCCAUUGUUGGUUCACUACAUGCAAGUGGCAAAGGUGCAGAGUGACAAAAACUACAAGCAGGACUACCACAAGGCCAAACUGAAGUACCACUCACCAGUCGACAUGAUAAGUGUGGCUCAUGCCAAACAUGCUUCAGCUGUGCAGACUUUAAUUGGCUACAAACAGCACCACCAUAAAUACUGUCUUCUACCUGAUGCUAUGAACCUGGUGUUGGCACGUAACAUGAACGUCAGUUCCAGUGACUACCAGUAUAAACUGGAUUAUGAGACCUCUGUCAAGGGCAUUGGUUGGGUGCCCAUUGGCUCUCUGGAGGUGGAGAAAGCCAAGGCAGCGGCAGCAGCUCUGGAUGAGAAAAAAUACAGACAGCACCCUGACUCAUUUAAAUUCACAAGCACCUCUGACUCAAUGAACAUGGAGCUGGCCAAGACCAAUGCUAAGAUCAUGAAUGUGAAAGAGUACAAGGCCAGUGGAGAGAAGUUUAUGCAUACCUACCAUCUGCCACCUGAUACUCCUGAACUGAUGCAAGCUAAGUACAAUGCUGCCAACAUCAGUCAGAAUUACUAUACCUAUGCUCACCGUCGAGAUCUACUCAAAGGACAUCAUGUGAAGGAAGAUGCCAUCCCUGUUGUUGCAGCGAAAACCUCCAGAGACAUUGCCAGUAAUUACAAGUACAAGCUGGCUUUUGAGAAGGCAAAGGGCCAGCAUGUUGGCUUCCGCAGCCUGCAGGACGACCCUUUGCUGGUUCACUACAUGGAAGUGGCAAAGAUGCAGAGUGACAGGAACUACAAGAAGGACUACCACAAGGCCAAACUGAAGUACCACUCACCAGUGGACAUGCUCAGUGUGGUCCAUGCCAAACAGGCCUCUGCAGCUCAGACCUUUGCUGGUUACAGAAAAGUCCCUCACACCUACCUGCUCCUGCCUGAUAACAUGCACCUACAGCAGUGUCGCACCAUGAUGGACAUUCAGAGUGAUAAUCUCUACAAAUCAGAAUACACCAACUUCUAUAGAGGCUCAGGUUGGGUACCUAUUGGUUCCCUGGAUGUUGAGAAGUCUAAGGCUGCUAAAGCAGCGCUGGAUGAAAGAAGCUAUCGUCAGCACCCAAGUACAUUCAAGUUCACAAGCAAGACUGACUCCGUGAACAUGGUUCUGGCUAUGGCCAACACAAAGCAGCAGGAUAAAGCUGCAUAUAAAGCUUCUGGUGAGGAGUUCAUGCAUACCUACCAUCUGCCAGCUGAUACUCCUGGAUUCCUUCAGGCUAAAUUCAAUGCACAGACUCUUAGUGAGAGUCAUUAUAAGCACCAGUGGCUAGAAGAUAUUGCCAAGGGAUACGAUAUGAAACCCGAUGCCAUUCCUGUCUUGCAUGCCAAACAUGGCAGACACAUUGCCAGUAAUGUCCAAUACAAGAAAGAAUAUGAGAAAGCCAGAGGUCACCAUGUUGGCUUCCGCAGCCUGCAGGAUGACCCUUUGCUGGUCCACUACAUGGAAGUGGCAAAGAUGCAGAGUGACAGGAACUACAAGAAGGACUACCACAAGGCCAAACUGAAGUACCACUCACCAGUGGACAUGCUCAGUGUGGUCCAUGCCAAACAGGCCUCUGCGGCUCAGACCUUUGCUGGUUACAGAAAAGUCCCUCACACCUACCUGCUUCUGCCUGAUAACAUGCACCUACAGCAGUGUCGCACCAUGAUGGACAUUCAGAGUGAUUGUGAUUACAAGUCUGAUUGGAAUAACUAUGUCAGAGGCAUUGGAUGGGUGCCGAUUGGCUCACUUUCAGUGGAGAGGGCUAAAGUUGGUGGUCAGAUCCUGAGUGAGAAGAACUAUCGCACGCAUCCAUCCAAAUUUGUUCACACCAAACUGAUGGACUCCAUGGAUGUGGCUUUGGCAACUGCCAACAAACAGAUCAUGGACAAGAAAUCUUAUACUGCAGCUUGGGAAAAAGACAAACUUGCAGUUCAUAUCAUGCCAGACUCUCCAGAGAUUGUACUCGCUAAAGCUAAUGCCCUCAACAUGAGCAAUAAACUUUACAAAUCAGGAGUUGUGGCCAUGGCCAAUAAGGGCUACAACCUCAAAGCAGAUGCAAUCCCAAUUGUGGCCGCUAAAUCUGGCACUACAAUUGCCAGUAAUUACAAGUACAAACAGGCUUUUGAGAAGGCAAAGGGCCACCAUAUUGGCUUCCGCAGCCUCCAGGAUGAUCCUUUGCUGGUUCACUAUAUGGAAGUGGCAAAGAUGCAGAGUGACAGAAACUACAAAAAGGACUACCACAAGGCCAAACUGAAGUACCACUCACCAGUGGACAUGCUGAGUGUGGUCCAAGCUAAAAAGGCCUCUGCUGCUCAGACCUUUGCUGGUUAUAGAGAGAUCCAGCACAGUUUCACUCUCCUUCCUGAUGCCAUGAACCUGGCACUGGCUCGCACUAUGAACGCACAGACUAGUGAUUGGGAGUACAAGUCUGAUUGGAAUAACUAUGUCAGAGGCAUUGGAUGGGUGCCUUUUGGCUCACUUGCAGUGGAGACGGCUAAAGUGGGCGGUCAGAUACUGAGCGAUAAAAAGUAUCGCAGUCACCCAUCCAACUUCAAGUUCAGCAAGCUGAUGGACUCCAUGGACUUGGCUCUUGCAAGUGCCAACAACCAGAUCAUGAAUAAGAAAGCGUAUAUUGCAGCUUGGGAACAGGACAAACGGACAGUGCACAUCAUGCCAGAUUCUCCUGAGAUUGUCCUGGCAAAAGCUAAUGCCCUCAACAUGAGCAAUAAACUGUAUAAAGCCGGUGUUGUGGCAAUGGCUAUUAAAGGCUACAACCUCAAAGCAGAUGCCAUCCCGAUUCUUGCUGCCAAGGCUGGCACAACUAUUGCCAGUAAUUACAAGUACAAACUGGACUACCAGAAGGCCAGAGGUCACCAUGUUGGCUUCCGCAGCCUUCAGGAUGAUCCUCUACUGGUUCAUUACAUGGAGGUAGCCAAAAUGCAAAGUGACAGGAACUACAAGAAGGACUACCACAUGGCCAAGCUGAAGUACCAUUCUCCGGUGGACAUGCUUAGUGUGGUUCACGCCAAACAGGCCUCUGCUGCUCAGACUAAUGCUGGAUACAAGCAGAUUAUCUCCCAUUACACAGUGCUGCCUGAUGCCAUGAACCUGCAACUGGCUCGGAACAUGCAGCUGAUUGCCAGCGAUAAUCAGUACAAGAGUGAUUAUGACUGCUACAUGAAAGGUAUUGGAUGGGUUCCAAUUGGAUCUUUGGAUGUUGAGAAAGCAAAGACAGCUGGCAAAAUUUUCAAUGAAAAACAAUACCGCCAACAUCCCAGUAACUUCAAGUUCACCAAGGACAUGCAGUCCAUGGACCUGGCACUGUCCACUGCCAACAACCAAAUUAUGAAUAAGAAAGCCUAUAUUAAUGCCUGGGAGAAAGACAAGACCACGAUCCACAUCAUGCCUGAUGCGAUGGAUGUUGUUCUGGCCAAAGCAAACAAAAGAAAUUACAGUGAGAAACUGUACAAAUUGGACAAUGAGCUGUCUAAGAAGAAAGGCCAUCAUGUUCAAGCUGAUGCCAUUGCAAUUCAGGCUGCCAAAGCCUGCACUGCUAUAGCUAGUGAUUACAAGUACAAGACAGGAUACCGUAAGCAGGUUGGUCAUCACAUUGGUGCGCUCAGCAUCCAGGAUGACCCUCUUCUGAUGUUGGCCCUGAACUCAGCCAAGAUUGCCAGUGACGCCCUGUAUAAGAAGGACUUCAACAAGUCCAAGACCAGAUUCCACCUGCCAGUGGACAUGCUGGCCUUUGAAUUGGCCAAGAAGAACCAGAUUCAAGUCAACAAUACCAACUACAUUACCCGUCUGCACAACUGGACUUGCUUGCCAAACUCCAGUGAUGUGGUGCAGGCCAGACAUGCUUAUGACUUACAAAGUGAUGUUAUAUACAAGGAAGAUCUGAAGGGUAUUGGAUGGGUGCCCAUAGGUUCGCUGGAUGUUGAGAAGGUGAAGAAAGCCGGUGAAAUCCUGAGUGAGAAAAAGUAUCGUCAACACCCAAGCAACUUCAGAUUCAAAAGCACGGCAGAAGACAUGCCCAUGGCGUUGGCAAAAGUCAAUGCUCAGAUUAUCAACAAGAAAGCCUACAUUCAAGACUGGGAAAAAGCCAAGACUUCCAUCCAUGUCAUGCCUGAUGCAAUUGAUGUUGUACUAGCCAAAGCAAAUAAAAUCAACUACAGUGUGAAAAUGUACAGACAAGCCAAUGAAGAUGCUAAAAAGAAGGGAUACGACCUGCGAAAUGAUGCUAUUUCUAUCCUUGCAGCCAAGGCUUCCAGGGAUAUUGCCAGUGAUUACAAGUACAAGACAGGAUACCGUAAGCAGGUUGGACACCACAUUGGUGCUCGUAGCAUCCAGGAUGACCCUCUGCUCAUGUUGGCUCUGAAUUCAGCCAAGAUUGCCAGUGAUGCCCUGUACAAGAAGGACUUCAACAAGUCCAAGACCAGGUUCAACCUGCCAGUAGACAUGCUGAGUCUUGAACUGGCCAAAAAAUGUCAGAUCCAAGUCAAUGAUUUUAACUACAGAAUCCAUUUGCACCAAUGGACCUGCCUACCAGACUCCAGCGAUGUGGUUCAAGCCAGACAUGCAUAUGACCUACAAAGUGAUGCUGUUUACAAGGAAGAUCUGAAGGGUAUUGGAUGGGUGCCUAUAGGGUCACUGGAUGUGGAGAAGGUGAAAAAAGCUGGUGAGAUCCUGAGUGAAAAAAAUUAUCGCCAGCACCCAAGCAAAUUCAGAUUCAAGCUCACAACAGAAGAUAUGCCGAUGGCACUGGCUAAAGCUAAUGCUCAGAUUAUAAACAAGAAAGCAUAUAUUGAAGCCUGGCAGAAUGAGAAGUGUAAGCUCCACAUUAUGCCCGAUGCUAUGGAUGUUCUGCUGGCCAAAGCAAACAAUUACAACUACAGUCUGAAAAAGUACAAACAGGCUCAUGAAGAUGCCAAGAAGAAAGGCUAUGAUAUGCGUAAUGAUGCCAUUCCAAUCAUUGCAGCUCGGGCUUCCAGAGACAUUGCCAGUGAUUACAAGUACAAGACAGGUUACCGUAAGCAGGUUGGACACCACAUUGGUGCACGCAGCGUCCAGGAUGACCCUCUGAUUAUGCUGGCUAUGAACUCAGCCAAGAUUGCCAGUGAUGCCCUGUACAAGAAGGACUUCAACAAGUCCAAGACCAGAUUUCACCUGCCAGUGGACAUGCUGAGCCUUGAACUGGCCAAAAAAUGUCAGAUCCAAGUCAAUGAUUUUAAUUACAGAAUUCAUUUGCACCAAUGGACCUGCCUACCAGACUCCAGUGAUGUAGUCCAGGCCAAACAUGCAUAUGACCUCCAGAGUGAUGCUGUUUACAAAGAAGAUCUGCAGCUGAUGAAGGGUACUGGUUGGGUGCCUAUAGGGUCUCUGGAUGUGGAAAAGGCAAAGAAAGCUGCUGAGAUCCUAAGUGAGAGAAAGUACCGUCAGCACCCAAGCAAAUUCACAUACAAAUGCACAAUAGAAGACAUGCCUGUGGCAUUGGCGAAGGCCAACGCUCAGAUUAUGAACAAGAAAGCAUAUAUUGAAGCCUGGGAGAAUGAGAAGUGUAAGAUCCACGUUAUGCCCGAUGCUAUGGACAUCCUGCUAGCCAAGGCAAACAACUACAACUACAGUGUGAAAAGGUACAAACAAGCAAAUGAAGAGUCCAAAAAGAAAGGCUACGAUCUGCGUGGUGAUGCCAUUUCUAUCAUUGCAGCCAAGGCUUCCAGAGACAUUGCCAGUGAUUACAAGUACAAGACAGGCUACCGGAAGCAGGUUGGACACCACAUUGGUGCCCGUAGUGUUCAGGAUGAUCCUCUGCUUGUGUUGGCUCUGAAUUCAGCCAAGAUUGCCAGUGAUGCCCUGUACAAGAAGGACUUCAACAAGUCUAAGACCAGAUUCAACUUGCCAGUAGAUAUGUUGAGUCUUGAACUGGCCAAAAAAUGCCAGAUCCAAGUCAAUGAUUUUAACUACAGAACUCAUCUGCACAACUGGACCUGCUUACCAGACUCCAGUGAUGUGGUCCAGGCCAGACACGCAUAUGACCUGCAGAGUGAUGCUGUCUACAAAGCUGACUUAAAGUGGCUCCAGGGUCUGGGCUGGGUUCCCAUUGGUUCGCUUGAGGUGGAGAAAGUAAAGAAGGCAGCAGAGAUCUUAAGUGACCGACAGUAUCGCCAGCACCCCAGCAACUUCAAAUUCACAGCCAAGACAGUUGAUAUGCCAUAUGUUCUUGCUCAAGCCAAUGCCCAGAUCAUGAACAAGCGUCUCUACACUGAGGCAUGGGACAAUGAAAAGACAAAGCUGCACAUCAUGCCUGACACCCCUGAGAUCCUCCUGUCUCAGCAGAAUGCUGUCAACAUGAGCAGGAAACUAUACAGGCAGGGUUAUGAAGCUGACAUCCUGAAAGGCUAUCAUCUUCCUGUGGAUGCAGUCUCUGUCCAGAGUGCCAAGGCCUCCAGGGACAUUGUCAGUGAUUAUAAAUACAAGACAGGAUACCGUAGGCAGGUUGGUCACCACAUUGGUGCACGCAGCGUGCAGGAUGACCCUCUGAUUAUGUUGGCUAUGAACUCAGCCAAGAUUGCUAGUGAGGUCCUCUACAAGAAGGACUUCAAUAUUUCCAAGACCAAGUUCCACCUGCCAGUGGACAUGCUGAAUCUUGAACUGGCCAAGAAAUGCCAGAUCCAAGUCAAUGAUUUCAACUACAGAACUCAUCUGCACAAUUGGACCUGCCUACCUGACUCCAAUGAUGUGGUCCAGGCCAGGAAAGCUUAUGAUCUUCAGAGCGAUGCUGUCUACAAAGCUGAUAUGGAGUUCAUUAAGGGCAUAGGAUGGGUUCCUAUUGGUUCGCUGGAUGUGAUAAAAGCCAAGAAUGCUGCAAAAAUUCUCAGUGAGCGUCUCUAUAGGCAGAAACCAGAAACUCUGAAAUAUACUACUGACAUGACUGCCAUGCCCAUGGUCUUAGCCAAAACAAACGCUGAUAUCAUGAACAAGCGAACUUACGUGUCUGCUUGGGAAGCAGACAAGGUUAAAACUCAUGUAACUCCUGACACGCCAGAGAUACUUCUUUCAAAAGCAAAUGCUUACAACAUUAGCAAGAAACUAUACAGAGAAGGUGUUGAAGAGAUCUUCAGGAAAGGCUAUGACCUUAAGCCAGAUGCUGUCUCUGUUGUUGCUGCCAAACAUGCAAGAAGUAUCAUCAGUGAUUACAAAUACAAGACUGGAUACCGUAACCAGGUUGGUCACCACAUUGGUGCACGCAGCGUCCAGGAUGAUCCUCUGAUUAUGUUGGCUAUGAACUCAGCCAAGAUUGCCAGUGAAGUCCUCUACAAGAAAGACUUCAACCAGUCCAAGACCAAGUUCCACUUACCAGUGGACAUGUUGAAUCUUGAACUGGCCAAAAAAUGCCAGAUCCAAGUCAAUGAUUUCAACUACAGAACUCGUCUGCACCAAUGGACCUGCUUACCUGACUCCAAUGAUGUGGUCCAGGCCAGAAAGGCGUAUGAUCUUCGGAGUGAUGCUGUGUAUAAGGCUGACAUGGAAUGGAUCAAAGGAAUGGGCUGGGUGCCUAUUGGUUCACUAGAUGUGGAAAAAGCUAAGAAAGCAGCAGAGAUCCUGAGUGACAUAAAAUAUCGUCAUCAUCCCAGCAAGUACAAAUUCACUGCCCAGACAGUUGACAUGCCGUAUGCUCUUGCUCAAGCCAAUGCCCAGAUCAUGGACAGGAGAGCAUAUGUGGCUGCCUGGGAGAAGGAUAAGACACAAGUUCACAUCAUGCCGGACACACCUGAGGUCAUGUUGGCCCAGCAGAAUAAACUCAACCUGAGUCGGAAACACUACCGUGAAGGCUUUGAGGCAGAUAUCAGCAAAGGAUACUUCCUACCAAAAGAUGCAAUUUCUGUGUUAGCAGCCAAAGCUUCAAGAGACAUUGCCAGUGAUUACAAAUACAAGGCUGGUUUCCGCAGGCAAUGUGGCCACCAUAUAGGAGCCCUCACUGUUAAAGAUGACCCACUGAUUAUGUUGGCUGCUCAUGUAGCUAAGAUCACCAGUGACAAUAUCUACAAGAAGGACUUCAAUAAGACCAAGACCAAAUACAAUCUCCCAGUUGACAUGCUGACAAUAGAACUGGCAAAGAAAUGCCAGAUACAAGUGAAUGACUUCAACUACAGGACUCACUUACAUGAGUGGACCUGCCUGCCAGACUCUAAUGAUGUGGUUCAGGCUAGAAAAGUCUAUGACCUGCGGAGUGAUGUUGUCUACAAAUCUGAUCUAGAGUGGUUGAGAGGAUGUGGAUGGUCACCUCAUGACUCUGUGGAUGUCAACAAAGUUAAAAAGGCCCAGACUAUUCUCAAUGAAAGACUCUACCGCCAGCAUCCAAGCACUGUCAAGUUCACCAGCAUCGUCGACCUCCCAGCUAUUGUCUUGUCCAAACAAAACACUGAUAAUCUCAGUGAUAGAAAAUACAAGGAACUUUGGAAUAAGGACAAACUUACAAUUCAUAUCCCACCGGACACCCCAACGUAUGAAUUGUCCAAGAUCAAUGCCAUCAAUGUCAGCAAUAAAUUGUACACAAAGAACUGGGAUGACCAGAAGGCUAAAGGUUACCAUAUCAAGGAGGAUGCCAUAGCUGUGUUGAAAGCUAAAGCCUCUAGAGAUAUCAUUAGUGAUUACAAAUACAAGGCAGGUUAUCGAAGACAGCUUGGUCACCACAUCGGUGCCCGCAGCGUCCAGGACGACCCUCUGAUCAUGUUGGCUAUGAACUCUGCCAAAAUUGCCAGUGAAGUCUUGUACAAGAAGGACUUCAACAAGUCCAAAACCAAGUUUCACUUGCCAGUGGAUAUGCUGACAAUUGAACUGGCCAAGAAAUGCCAGAUACAAGUCAAUGAUUUCAACUACAGAACCUACUUGCACCAGUGGACUUGUCUGCCUGAUUCUAAUGAUGUCGUCCAGGCAAGAAAGGCCUACGAUCUCCGGAGUGAUACUGUGUACAAAGCUGAUAUGGAAUGGCUACGUGGAUGUGGGUGGAUGCCACACGAGUGCGUAGAUGUCGUCAAGGUGAAGCAUGCUCAGAAGAUCCUGGCUGAUAGAGGGUAUCGUGUCAAGUUGGAUGAGCAAAAUUACACAGUUCCGACUGACAGAGUUGACUUGGCCUGUGCCAAGAAUGCUGCUGAGGUCCUCAAUGAGGCAAAGUAUCGUGCAGCUUGGCACCAGGACAAAACCAAGUAUUCACUGGUGGACACCCCAACUAUGGCCACAGCCAGAGAAGUGGCUAAGAAUGUUCACCCGCAUUUGUACACUAAAGACUGGGAUAAGGUCAAAGCCACAGCCUACUUUAUGCCAGGUGAUGCUGUGCCAAUCAAACAGUGCAUCCUUAAUACUAACGUUCAGAGUAAAUACAAAUACUUGGAGGGAUACCGUAGACAAGUUGGCCAUCACAUCGGUGCUCACAGCGUCCAGGAUGACCCUCUGAUCAUGUUGGCUAUGAACUCAGCCAAGAUUGCCAGUGACAUUCUCUACAAGAAGGACUUCAACCAGUCCAAAACCAAGUUUAAACUGCCAGUGGACAUGCUGCAGUUUGUAAUGGCCAAGAAAUGCCAGAUGCAAGUAAACGAUGACCUCUACAGAACCCGUCUGCACGAGUGGACCUGCAUGCCUGACCAGAAUGAUGUUAUCCAGGCUCGGAAAGCCUAUGACCUUCAAAGUGAUGUUAUUUAUAAGUCAGACCUGGAAUGGAUGCGUGGCUGCGGAUGGAUGGCAGCUGACUCAGUAGACCAUGUAAAAGUCAAGAAGGCCCAGGAGAUCCUCAAUAAUAGACAAUACACAAAGGAUGCCAAAGAAGCCUUUGGAACGUACACUUUGACUGUGGACCGACCUGAUGUUGUCCUUGCCAAGAUAAAUGCAGCAAACCUCAGUGAUCUGAAGUACAAAGAGACAUUUAAUGCAGAAAAGGGUCAUUACAUUGGUUCAGAGGACACUCCUCAGCUGGCUCACAGCCGGGAGAUGGCGAAGAACAUCAGUGAGAAAAUCUAUAAACAACAAUGGGAUGGCACAAAGGCCACAGGCUACCAGCUGGAUCAUGAGUACAUCCCGCUUGUCAGCUCCAAAAAGAGCCGGGACAUCAUCAGUGAUGUUAAGUAUAAGGAUUCCCAUGAGAAGACCAAAGGUCACUACAUGGCGGGUACCCUGGUGGACUUCCCCGAGGUGGUGCGCUGUGGACAGCAAGAAAAGAAUAAGCUCUUGAGGCUCUACCAUCAGCACUACCAUCAAACUAAGGCCAAGACUCACAUCCCACAUGACAUCAUCGCCAACAAGGUAGCUAAGCGAUGCCAGGACAUGCUGAGUGACGUGCUCUACCGGACCUACCUGCACGAGUGGACGUGUCAUCCUGAUCAGGAAGAUGCCAUCCGUGCACGCAAGACCAAUGAGAUUCUCAGUGAUGUGUUCUACAAGGAUGACCUGAACUGGAUGAAGGGCAUCGGUUGCUAUGUUUGGGACACACCUGAGAUCCUUCGUGCGAAAAAAUCCUAUGAGCUGCAGAGUGAUCUUAAAUACAGAGAGAGUGCCAAGAAAGACUUCAACAAUUUUUCCAUUGUGACGGACACUCCUGUCUAUGUGACUGCUGUGCUGGGUACCACCUGGGCCAGUGACCUGAACUACAGGGAGGCUUAUCGUAAGGAGAAGCACAUUUACACCCCUGUUCUGGAUACCCACGACUAUGUCAGAUGCCACAACUUCAAAGAGAUCUUCAGCAAUAAAAAUUACACUGCUGUCUGGGAUAAAAUAAAAGACAAGAGCUACCAAAUACCACAUGACUCGCAAGCCUUGCAACACGCAAAACAACAAAAGAUCAUUCUCAGCAAUUUGAAGUACAAGGAAGAUUACGAGAAGUUCAAAACACUUUACAGUCUGCCCAAGUCUCUGGAGGAUGAUCCUGGCACUGCUCGCUGUAUCAGAGUCGGAAAACUGAUCCUCGACCGUCUGUACAGGGAGAACUAUGAGAAAACAAAAGCCAAGAACCACAUCCCACCAGACAUGCUGGAGAUCAUGGCUGCCCGUAACACUCAGUCCACUGUUAGUGGGAUCCACUACCGCAAGUAUCUGCAUCAGUGGAUAUGCAUGCCUGACAUGGAAGUGUUCACCCAAGCACGCAAAGUUAAUGAGCAGCUCAGUGACGUCUUCUAUAAGGAUGACCUUCAUUUCCUGAAGGGUAUAGGCUGCUAUGCCUGGGACACACCAGAGAUCCUUCGUGUCAAACAUGCUGGUGACCUUCAGAACCAGCACAAGUACAAAUCGAAAGCUGUGGAGGCUUUGAAGGACUUUUCUGUUGUUAUGGAGACUCCAGUGUAUGAGACAGCCAAGAAAAAUUCUCAGAAUCUGAGUGAUUUACACUAUCGCUAUGACUACAAUGCCAAUAUCAAGGGCACCAACACUGCUCCUGCUGUCACCAUUGACAUAGAGAGGGCACGCCUGGCCAACCAAAUCCAGAGUGAUAUCGGGUACAAGGAGGCCAACAAGAACUUCAUGCCCACUGGAUACUCUCUUCCCCAUGACACUCCUCUGAUCAAACAGGUUAAGAUGAACAGCAUUAUCACAAGUGAUGUGAAAUACAAGGAGGUCCAUGAAAUGACAAAGGCUAAGUCCUACACUCUUCACCCAGAAGGUAUCAGCUUUGUCAGUGCAAGAAAAGCCAACAAAAUCAUCAAUGAACGUCUUUAUCGUGAACAGUAUGCCAAGCACAAGGACAAGAUACACACAACCUAUGACACUCCUGAAAUCAAGCAAGUCAAGAAGAACCAGUUGAACCUCAGUGAUUUGUGCUACAAAGAGAAAUACUACAACAGUAGAGGGCAGUUGAUCUCCUUGCCCAUUACACCUGAGCUAAUGCACUACUCCCACGUCAAUGAGAUCACCAGCGAUCUGAAAUACAAAGAGGAUCUGAUGUGGAUGAGAGGCGUUGGCUGUUUCUUGUACAACACCCCUGAGAUGGUCCAUGUCCACAACAUCUCUAAAUUUAGGAUCAGCUAUCCUGUUGAAGCGAAGAAGAACCUUGCGAACUUCACACUCGUCCUCGACACCCCAGAGUACAAGCGUGUGACAGAACUGAAGACCCACAUGAGCAAAAUGAUCUACACAGCACAGAGCAAACAAGACAUGGCAAAGAUCAGCACCACUCUGGACUCUGUAGAUAUCAAACGAGCCAAAUGGGCCCAGCAGCUUACUAAUAAGUAUCAGUACACUGAUCUGGCUGCUAAGCAGAGAGCGCAUUUUACCCCAGAAGUUGAAACCCCGACUAUGGGCCAUGCCAGAAAGAUGAAGGUGGUCUUCAGUGAUAACAAAUACAAAGAACAGUAUGCAAAGAUGAAGCACAGAUAUACUGCCAUUGCAGAUACGCCUCUGCUGAUCCGUGCAAAGAAAUCCUACCUCCAAUCCAGUGAUCUUCGCUACAAGGAGACCUUUGAGCUUUCUAAGGGUCAUUACCACACAGUCAAAGAUGCUUUGAAUAUCAUCUACCACCGCAGAGUGACCGAUGACGUCAGCGAGGUUAAAUACAGGGAAAAGUACAUCAACUCCCUUGGUACAUGGAAGUCCAUCCCUGACCGGCCUGAGUUCUUCUUCAACAAAAUUGUCAAUGCUAACGUCAGCACUGUCAAGUACAAGGAAGACAUUGAUUACAUGAAGGGUAUUGGAUGCUUUGUGUGGGACACACCUGACCUGUUACUGGCUGAGAGGAACAAGGCCCUGUACAGUGAGAGACUGUACAAAUCCUCCUUUGAGAAGAACAGAGGUAACUUCAAAUACACCAGUGAUACUCCAUACUUCCAUGCUAUGAAGAAUGCUUCCCUUCUAAUCAACAACCGGGCCUACAGAGCUCAGUAUGAGAAGACCAAGGAUAAGUUCACAGUCACAACAGAUGAUCCCAGGUAUCAGCUGGCCAGAGCGAACAACAAGAUGAGCCAGUGGAGGUACAGAGAGCAGUAUGAGCGUGCCAAGGACAAGUUCACGUCUGUUCUGGAAACUCCUGUGUACGAGACCCAUAAACGCAGCAAGAAGAUCAGCGAUAUUAUCUACAAGAUGGAGUACAACAAGACAAAAGAUAAGGCCUACACACUUCCUUAUGACACGCCACACCAGCAGCACAUGAAGAAGGUCAAAGACAUCACCAGCAGCUUGAAGUACAGAGAGUUGUAUGAGAAGAGCAAAGCUCAUAUCAACAUGGACCCUGAGGCUCAUUCAAUCCGUGCUGCCAAAGAGGCUUACAAGAACAUCACCAAUCUUGACUACAAGAAAAAGUAUGAAGCCACAAAGUACAAGUGGAUCUGGACGGCAAACAGGCCUGACUUUGUCAAUGCUGCUAGAAACUCUUUGCAGCAGAGUGAUGUUGAAUACAAGUAUGAUAAGGAGAUGCUUAAAGGCUGUGUGACUCCUGUGGUUGAUGAUAAGUACACCAUCCUGGCUAUGAAAAAUGCUGAAAUGGCCAGUUAUGUCAAGUACAAAGAGAAGUAUGAAAAGGCAAAGGGCCACUACAUGCCUGUGCUGGAUACUCCUCAGAUCCUUCAUGCCAAGGCAGUGCGAACUCUGGCAUCAGAGAGCAAAUACAAGGAGGCCAGCAAGAAGAGCAUGCAGUCUGGAUCCUUCACCACCCUGCCUGAGACCCGUGAUACUGCCCACAGCAAGGAGAUCAACAAGCUUGUCAGCAGGAAUGUGUACAAAGACAAGUUUGAGAAGGAGAAGGGCAAGUCUAUUUAUAACCACAUGGUUGUUCCACCAGAUGUCCAGCAUGCCAUGGAGGUGGCAAAGAGUCAGAGCAAUAUUGCCUACAAGAGAGACGCCAAAGACAAAUUGCACUACACGACAGUAGUCGAUCGUCCUGACAUCAAGAAGGCUACCCAUGCUGCCAAACUAAUCAGUGAGAUUGGUUAUCGUGACAAAGCCCGUGAGGAGGCCAGCCGUGGAGGUUCUCUGGUCCAUCGCCCAGACAUUACUCUGGCCACUAAGGUGUCCAAGCUGAAUAGCCAGCUGAAGUACAAGGAGAAGUUUGACAAGGAGAUGAAAGGAAAGAAGCCACAGUAUGACCUGAAGGAGAGCAAGAUUUACAAGACUUUGAAGGACGCCAGUGCACUGGCUAGUGAGGUGAAGUACAAGGGUGACCUGAAGAAGCUCCACAAGCCCGUGACUGACAUGGCUGAGUCUCUGGCUAUGCAGCAUGGCCUGAGCACAAGCAAACUGUCCAGUACCUACCACUACAAGAAGAAAUUUGAGGACAGUAAGGGUCACUACCACAUGAUUCCUGACACCCCUGAGCAGCUCCACCACCGGGAGGCCUCUGAACUUCAGAGCAGCGUGAAGUACAAGGAAAAGUAUGAGAAGGAGAGGGGUAAGGCCAUGCUGGACUUUGAGACACCCACAUAUGUGACUGCUAAGGAGGCCCAGCACAUGCAGAGCCAGAAAGACUAUAAGAAGGACUAUGAGGAGCACAUGAGGGGCAAGAACCUCUCAGGCUUGGAGGUCACCCCUGCCAUGAUACAUGUCAGACAUGCCACCAAAAUAGCCAAUGAGAAAGAGUACAGGAAGGAUCUAGAAGAGGGGGUGAAGGGUAAGGUAACUUUACUGGAGGAAACUCCGGAGCUUUUGAGAGCAAGGAAUGCCACUCAAAUCCUGUGUGAGAGGGAAUACAAGAAGGCACUGGAGCAGGAGAUCAAGGGCAAGGGCAUGUUGGCUUUGGCUACAGACAUCCCAGACUUUGUCAGGGCCAAGAAUGCUACCGAGAUCCUCAGUCAGACAAAGUACAAACAGACUGCAGAGAUGGACAGAGCUAGCUACACAACCGUCAUUGACACUCCAGAUAUCAUCCAUGCUCAGCAGAUGAGGAAUAUUGUCAGCCAGAAAAAGUACAAAGAGGAGGCUGAGAAAACCAUGUCUCACUAUGUUCCGGUCCUGGACACUCCAGAGAUGCAGAGAGUGCGUGAGAACCAGAGGAACUUCAGCACUCUUCAGUACCAGAUUGACCUUAAAAACAUAAAGGGCAAAGUGUCUGCUGUAAAGGACACUCCCGAAAUGCUUCGCGUUAAAGAGAAUACAAAGAAUUUCAGCUUGAUUCAGUACAAAGACGAAUUGGGAGAAGGAACAUCUUUGGCCGAAACCCCAGAGAUGGAGAGGGUUAAACGCAACCAGCGGAACGUUAGCACGAUACAGUACAAGGAUUCUCUGGGUCAAGGCACAGCCAUACCAGAUCCACCUGAGGUGAAGCGGAUCCGAGAAACCCAGAAGAAUAUCAGCUCGCUUCAGUACAAAGAAGAAGUGGGACAAGGCACGUCAGUGUCAGAGACGCCAGAAAUGGAGCGUGUUAAACGCAAUCAGCAAAACAUUAGCACGCUUCAGUACAAAGAAGAAGUGGGACAAGGCACAUCAGUGUCAGAGACGCCAGAAAUGGAGCGUGUUAGACGCAAUCAGCAAAACAUUAGCACGCUUCAGUACAAAGAAGAAGUGGGACAAGGCACGUCAGUGUCAGAGACGCCAGAAAUGGAGCGUGUUAAACGCAAUCAGCAAAACAUUAGCACGAUAAAGUACAAGGACUCUUUGGGUCAAGGCACAGCUAUACCAGACCUCCCUGAGGUGAAGCGGGUCAAACAAACCCAGAGGCACAUCAGCUCGGUGUUGUAUAAAGACAGUUCAGCCAAGGGAACUCCUGUGGUGUUUACUCCAGAGAUGGAGCGAGUCAAACGGAACCAGGAAAACAUUAGCUCGGUACUGUACUCUGACAGCUUCCGUAAGCAGGUCCAGGGUAAGGCUGCCUUCGUUCUGGACACCCCUGAGAUGAGGCGUGUGAGAGAGACGCAGCGUAUCAUUUCCGGAGUAAGAUACCAUGAGGACUUUGAGAAGACCAAGGGCAGUUUUACUCCCACAACAUCUGACCUUGUGAUGGAGCGUGUGAAGAGGAACACUCAGGAUUUCAGCGACAUUAGUUACCGUGGUAUCCAGAGGCGCGUGGUAGAGAUGGAGAGGAGGCAUGCAAUGGAACACGACCAGGAGACUAUCACUGAUCUGCGUGUGUGGCGCACAAACCCUGGUUCAGUGUUUGACUACGAUCCUGCUGAGGACAACAUCCAGUCCAGGAGUCUCCACAUGAUGUCAGUCCAAGCUCAGCGCCGCAGUAAGGAGCACUCCCGCUCCACCAGUGCCUUGAGCGGUGCCGCUGAUGAGAAGUCUGAAGUGUCCCAGGAUGCUGAUCACCACGUGUCCCUCUACAGCAACGGCUUCAUGGCCUCCUCUCUGGGUUACCAGCAUGCUAAGACUGUGGAGCUCCAGCAGAGGUCAUCUUCAGUGGCCACUCAGCAGACCACAGUGUCCUCCGUCCCCUCACAUCCCUCCACCACCGGGAAAACUGUGCGUGCCAUGUACGACUACACUGCUGCCGACAGCGACGAGGUGUCCUUCAAGGAUGGUGAUGUCAUCAUUAAUGUACAGUCUAUCGACGAGGGCUGGAUGUACGGUACCGUGCAGCGCACCGGCAAGACCGGCAUGCUGCCAGCCAACUAUGUGGAAGCAAUCUAAGUUGAAGCCCACCAUCCUGGGUCAGGAGUGGG